UUGUGUCAGUCAAAAAUUAUUGCGUUUUUCAUCUAGAAAUUAAAUAGAAUUUUAGUGAACAAUGUGAUUUAUACGAUUUAAAAACUGCUGAUUAUUUCAUCUAGUGUUGUGAUGUGUUUACUAAGCGUUUUUACAUUUUCGUGCAAUAACCCAUUUGAGUGAUAAAAAUGGCCAAGAAGUCUGAGAAUGCUGGUGGGAAAUUGGUGACAAUCUCGGUUGUUGGUUUGUCUGGCACUGAAAAGGAUAAGGGGCAGCUAGGGGUGGGGAAGUCUUGUUUGUGCAAUAGAUUCGUCCGCACAGAUGCUGAUGAUUACAAUGUCGAUCACAUAUCUGUGCUCAGUCAAUCGGACUUCAGCGGUCGCGUGGUGAACAACGACCACUUCCUGUACUGGGGCAGCGUGCAUAAAGAACAGGAUGAGCAGGAGUACCGCUUUGAGGUGGUUGAGCAAACAGAGUUUGUGGACGACGCGUGCUUCCAGCCGUUCAAAGCCGUAGGCAAAACGGAGGCGUUCGUGAAGCGAUGCGUCGCCACCAAGCUGCAGUCGGCCGAGAAGCUGAUGUACGUGUGCAAGAACCAGCUCGGCAUCGAGAAGGAGUACGAGCAGAAGUUGAUGCCAGAUGGGAAGCUGAGCAUUGACGGGUUCCUGUGCGUGUACGACGUCAGUCUGGUGCCCGGCCGAAGUUGGGAGAAACAGAACGAGGUCCUAGCUGCCAUCCUCCAAAACAUAAUCAAACUAAAGAAGCCCGUAGUACUGGUGACGUCUAAGAACGACGAGGCGUGCGAACAAGGCGUGAGAGAGGCAGAGAGGCUCGUCCAAAGAAAGGAGUUCAAGGGGGCCAUUCCGAUCGUCGAAACGUCCAGCCACGACAACGUCAACGUUGACCAUGCCUUCUUUCUGUUGGCGCAAAUGGUGGACAAGUCUAAGGCCAGAAUUAAGGUCGCAAACUACGCUGAGGCGUUACGGAUAAGGCGCGAAACGUUGGACUUCGUGACCGAAGCGUUCACGCAACUGAUCAGAAUACACGUCCAAGAUCACAAAGAAAUAUGGUCAGCUGUGAGCAAGAGGUUGUGUCACUAUCCUGAAUGGAUCAAGUUUGUCCAACAAUUUGGCAACGAUGGUACUCAGGUUGUCUUCCGUCGUCAUAUAAGAAGGCUAAAGGAGGAGCGGUCGGCGAAGAAACUGCGCAAACAACUAUCAAAGCUACCUCAAGUGCUUGCCCGAAUGCAACUGCCUACUGAUGAUUUGCAGGAGAACGACUGGGGGGUGGUAUUACGUCAACUUAGAGGUCACAGGGACUUCUCCGUGUACUUCAGCGAAAGCCGGGUGCAUUCCGGGGGCUCGGGGUCAGGAUCGGAGCCCGAAAGUCCACUCAACGCUGACACCACCCUCAGGGUAGGAGAGAGGGCUAGAUACCAGACGUUAGGGCAGUCUCAAAAGAUACCGUACGAAAUAUUAGAAACGAACGAAGCAGCAGCGAUAUUCAAGACGUACCUCCACGAAGCGCAAGAGAAGCAGAGGAAUUAUGAGUGGUGUCAACAGUUCAAGCGUCUUCUAGAAGAGACUGGUUACGUCACACCAGGGAAGCAGCUCUCAGAAGUUAGAGUGCUGCUAAUGGGAAGGGAAUGUUACGAGGCUCUGACUGAGGAACAACAACAGAGGGUGUACGAUGAUCACCAGAGGGAGAUACAGAGAAGAGCGAAGCAUAAUUUACAGGAACUGUUAUUGGAGCACGCCGAUUUGUUCUACCACUUCAAGAGGAUAUCACCCACCGGCACCAUAACUCAAGAGGACAUAAAAGAGAUAACAGAUGUUCUUCAGGAUGAUUUCAGAUACAAAAUGCUGGAUAGAAUGGAGCAGGACAGAAAGCUGAUGCUGUUUCAACAUCUCGGCUUCGUGCACUGUCCGAUGCGAGAGCAUUGCCCCGCCACGGCCAACUGUCUCGACGCUACUCUACCCGUCAUACUGAACACGAGAGUCGGGUCUCUAACUUCGUCGAGUGAAUCUCAAUGCCACGCGGGCCCUCCGGCUGCUCCUUGGGCAUUAACGACUGAUUCCAACUUAAUUAACCUUAUCAUAUUAGGGGUGGAAGGGAUAGCAGGAGAAUUCGGCAAGCGUUUAAUAGCGGGCUGCGACAGCGAAAGGCGGGUCAACAUAAACGGUCAUUCGUGGCGUGUCGAACAAAGACUACGGACGGAUGAUUUCGCCGCCGAACCGCCACGGGACUUUGCUCCUAAUGGAUAUUUCUGCGUGUACCAGGAUCAAGAGUCGUUCGAAUACAUCAGAGGCUGCGCCGAGAAAACUCUGUUAUCUAGUCUGGAACAGGAGGACAAACUGCCCUUUCAGGGCCUACCUCUAGUAGUGAUGUUUGUCCAAGACGAUGGCAUGGACAAAAAGGAGCUUGCCAGGUUACAGGAGGAAGGGCAGAAUCUCGCAGACAAUUUACACUGUUCAUACAUGGAGGCGUCAGUGAGCGAACUUGGCACGGAGGCGUUGACAGCGGACGCGAUACAAGAGCUAAUACGUGCGAACAGAGAGAAGGCCAGCUACGCGCAUCUGUAUCGUGACUUGAUUGUCUGCUUCGACGCUGAUAUACGCAUCAUGGUAUGCAUGUUCUGCGACGACCCGUACUCUCCAGAACGUGUCUUGAGUCCGUUGCUUCUACAUCGAGCGUGUUUCCUCACGGGGGAUCGAUCGAUACUCAUCGAGACGUUUCUCGGUGACUCCAAAAGGAAAGUCGAGGUCAUAAUCUCUAGUUUUCACGGCGCUAGUCAAUUCAGAGAAGAACUAAUACAUGGAUUCAUUUUAAUAUACUCAGCAAAAAGGAAAGCCAGUUUAGCGACACUAAAUGCGUUUUCUAUGAACAUCCCGAAUCUACCAAUACAAAUGGUCGCGGUGACGGACGGCGGGGGUUCGGCCGCGAACGCGUUCUUCGGCACGGAUUUAGGGCACGCUCUUAUAACGGAGGGAAACGCCACGGCGGAUAGACUGGGUGCACAUUUCACCACCUAUACGUCCAGUGCUGAGAAUAAAUCGGCAUUCUAUACGCCAUUCUUCAAGGAAGUAUGGGAGCGUAAAGGCGAGAUCGAACGCGCGUUCCGCUUAGAGGCGCCGCACACUCGCACGCAUAACGCACACAAUCCGCACAAUCUACCAGACGUUGCGGCCGGGCGACCCGCACCUCCACCACGUCUGCACUCGUAUCAUAUCGACCACAAAAUGGAUGGCCAUAAAUUAACUAACUCGUUGGAUUUACUCAUUGGCCCCGACUCACGUGCAGACAUCGACUCAGAAUACAGCGAUACUUUAAACAAUUCCAAAAACAGAGGCUUCUUAAAGGGUUUUAGCGUCUAUCCACCACCAAGUACCCCGCCGGAACCAGCACCACCUGACCAUAGAAUGCACGCGGAUUUGUCACCCGAUCUCAACUGCUCGGAGGAUUCGCUCAGCACGCACGAGUCAGAUGGCGGGGGUCUCUGGCAGCCCGCUGGGUACGGUCAACGUGCGUUCACUACCGGCCGAGCGCGCGCACCCGCUCCGCAUCACCAGCGGCUGAGACAUUCACAGACACUCAAGCAACCUGGUAAAUUGGAUAUGAACAAUUACACGAUGGUCAGCGACGCCCUUCAGCAUAUCACGAUAGGACCGCCCCAAAGGGAGAGAAAGUCGCAGCGAUCCGGGUGGUCACAUUCGAGCGGCCAGCAAGGUCACCACCACCAUCCGUCCGGCGUCAGCUCGGAAACCGAACUGGACGCGCAAUACGCACAGGUAUUGACUAAUAUAAAGGAAACGGGCGAGUACAUGGAGGCGCCAUCGAUGACGAGAUUAAGAAGGCAUAGGCGACAUGAGAAAGCACCUUUACAUCAGCCAUCUUUCUCGGAAACGGACAGUUCCGGCUCGAGCGAGGCCUCGGGAGGAGCGCGUGCGCACGUGAGACGCAGACACGCACACCACGCCCACCAUGCACCCAGACAUUAUAAGAAAAGGUCGUUAGGUAACUUAGUAGCGGUACAGAGUCCUAGAGUGCCCAAAUUGGGCAUGUUCGUGGGUCCGCCCGAAUUGCCUACUGGAUAUAGGGCGAGAACGCAGGAAGACAAGGCAGCUAGUGAUUCAAGCGAAGGCAGCUCGGACGGCGAAACGCGGAGGCCUAGGCCUUUGCCCCCGCCCCCGCAUCAUGAACCUACGCAUAAGAUAUUAUCAGGAGAAUAUCCGUCUUCCGCGCAGGACAACUCCUCGUCGAGUGCGGCGGAUUCUCGUCGCCGACCCACCGCUUUCGGAAAACACGACCGAAGACACAAGGAGUUUUCGAAAAGCAAAGACAAGAAGAACGCAGCACAGAUACAAAACACUCCCGCUGUACAAAAUUGGGGUCCUCAGGGUCCACACGGCGUGCCACUGUUCGUAGAGAAGUGCGUAGACUUCAUUGAGAGGGAGGGCCUUGCGUCCGAAGGGCUGUACAGAGUGCCCGGCAAUCGAGCGCAUGUCGAUAUGCUGUUUAGCAAGUUUUAUGAAGAUCCUAACAUAGACUUAGAAGCACUAGAUAUACCCGUGAAUGCCGUAGCGACGGCGCUGAAGGACUUCUUCUCCAAGAAAUUACCGCCUUUACUGGACGAGCCUAGCAUGGCGCAAUUAGAAGACAUUGCGGCGAUGCGUGGCUGCAUAGCGGGCGGCGUAGAGCUCAAGGAUCGCAGUUGGAGGCUGUUGGCUCUACGCGCACUACUGGCCUCUGCAUUAACCCCGCCCGCGCGGUCCACCCUCGACUACUUGCUGAACCAUUUCGCUAGGGUCGCAGACAACUCAAAACUUAACUCGAUGGACAGCAAGAACCUAGCCAUCUGCUGGUGGCCCACGCUCCUGCCAGUGCACUUCUCGGACAUGGGCCGUUUCGAGAUGACGCGGCCCUACCUUGAGGACAUCGUCCAGACCAUGAUUGACCAGCACCCCUUCCUGUUCCGCGGUCAGGAAGCCUUUGUAAUGGUGUGAGGACCGUGUGAACCCACAAUGCAGGUUGCAUUUGUGAUGGACGACGUCUGACGUCAGCUUUAAGAGUGACGUAGCAAAACGUGAAUUGUAACGUUUAUAUUACCGUGUACCGUUCCAGUGAGGUUAAAUUAUAUAAUAGUGCGUAAGGCGGCUAUGGACACGCGAUUGUAGGCUUUAUUGGUUCCGGAUAAGUGUCUAUAUUUCUCUGACGUUUCCACCGAGGCGCGCCGACCACUUUUGUACGUCCGAUCCGCCGGUCCCGGUGGGGAGUCAGGCGGCUAUUGUUGUUGUACUGUAGGGUUUUUAACGGUAUAUGAAAUUGGCGGAUUAUUUUUACAAGUGUUGUCAUAUCAUAUUAUGCUUAGAGUUACACCGCGUCGCUUCCGUAAACGAUAUUUAGCGCUUUUAUUUUUGAUUAUACGUCGAAUAGUGUAACUGUAAAGGAAUGUUGGCCGAUUGGCCGUUGGAUCGUGCGAACUGACUAUGUACGGUGGACUAAAAUCGGAUCAGUAUUUUAAUGGUAGGUGUUAAUCAAAUUAUAUCGCAUUUCUAUUAGGCGUAAGGUUGAGAUUCCUGCACAAAAAAGUAUUUAACGAAUAUAAUAAAAAAAUAAAUAAAACUUUUUUUAAUCUAAGUAUUAUUGGUAUAUUAAACAAUAUGAUAUUAUUAUAUUUGAAUUAUCAAUUAAAGGCAACACCACGUAAAGUGCACAUUCCGUUCAGUCGAUGAAUAAUUAAUUAUUGAAUAAUUGUUAAUAUAAUUAAUUAGGGAUACGCGUGUAUGGUUUAAAGGCGCCUAUUAAUGCGGGCAGCAACGAAUCGGCCAUUUAAGGCCAUUACAUAUUCAAAAUUAUUUAUGGCAUAGUCGUGUACAGGGAGAGUUUAUUAUUUGGAGAACCAAAGAUUUAAAUCUUGACAUAUUUACCCCUUUUGAAUGAAAUAAGUCCACUGUGAAAUUAGUGAAUUCACUCAUUUGUCAUUAUAGUUUAGCUUUUCAGUUAUUAUUAACAUUAGCACCUCUCGCCCUCCGCAAGAACUGUAAGAGUGCGUGCGUAAACUGAAAAAAAAAAAAAUAAAAAAAACUAACACACAACUCAGACGAUAACAACAGUUAUAAUAUAACACUGACUGACUGAGUUUUAUGUUUAAUGCACAUUGGUUAAUGUUCUUUUCUAUACUACGGUCACUUUACUGUCGCGUGACUAAAUAUAUUGGUCGGUAAAAGUGCAUUAUGAUAAACUUCGCAUACCAUAAUAUCAUGUUAACGUCGACUCGAUUCAUAUCUAAUCAUUGAAACGUGACCUUUAUAUCAUGUGACAUAAAGUUGUUUUUGCGUAUAUGACGCUCGGGCAACACGCGGUCUGUACCAGCAGUUAACAAUUUACCUUACAUCAUCUAAUAUAAAGAUCACAAUUUGAUACAAGUCUGUGUGGAGUCGAUAUUGUACGCGAAGGUCGUUACAGUGCAUCUUUAGUGACUAUUAUAUUUAUGGCGAUAUUAAGAACGUGAUAAAGCAAAGAUCAUUCAAAAAUGAGUAAAAAGAAAAAAAAUGUUUUUCGGUGUCCCAUCUAACGAUUUAAGUCAUUCGAAAACUGUAUGUCACAACUCCAUCAACAAUAAAUGAUGUAAAUAUUCAAAAAUUACAAUCAAAGUGUUUUCAAAACAUU